AGCUAUGCAGUCAGAUCCCAGUAACAUGCAGAGUUAAUAGGUUCAAUCAACACACCUGGCUGAUAUCGUAACGGGCCUGUUUAGGGUGGGUGCUUCUUGUUAGUCCACCUCACCUGUUCACUGACGAGGGCUGGGCUGCUGCUUUACCGGACCGUUCUCUUUUCCUGAGCAAAACCAAACUAAUGACAUUCAUUAAUAGUGAACAUGUGACAUUGCCUUAAUCGGAGGUUUUGUGUGAAGUGAUACCGCUGAAGAUAAAACUGUAACCGUUUUUACAAACUUGCUUGUGUUGUCUAUGUCACGCGCCAGCAACCCAGUCGACAAUUGAGAAUGCCGUCGAACGUGGAUGGUGACCUGGGGUACGGUAGCGUGGCGGCUAGUCAGGGUCCCGGUCUGGCAGGCAGCCUGGUCGUGUCGGAGACAGUGCCGCUCUUGAUCCCGGAGUCUGAACCCGAACCGCGGAAAUGGGCACCAUUGACCAAGGAGCAGUUGGAUAGAGAAGCAGGAGGACCGAGAUGGAGGAAGAUUCGUUCUCGGCUGGUCUUGUUCUUCUGGAUUUGUUGGCUGUCGAUGCUCGGUGCUUCUAUUGCCAUCAUCGUUCAGAGCCCCCGGCCGGUUGCCCCAACGCUGUUGUGGUGGCAAAAGGCGUUGUUUUAUCGCCUGCAGCCCGCACUGUUCAUGGACGCCGAAACGCAAGGAGCCGGUGUCAUCGCGGUUAGUGAGCACCUCCCUUACCUGCAGUCCCUGGGGGUGGGGGCUCUGGUGCUGGAAGGACUGUUCAGCAAUGCCUCCCCCCCAGACCUCUCUUUGGUGGACCCCAGUGUGGGAACAACACCCCAGAUCCAGCAUCUACUCAUGGAGAGCCACAAGGCUGGUCUGAAGGUAGUUCUGGACUGGUGUGAUCUGGAUCUGCCUGCACCUGAGGCCCUGGUGAACAACAGCAAUGUCCAGGCCAUUCGUUACUGGUUGGACCAGGGUGUGGCCGGAUUUGGGAUCUGUGACACGGACACAGCCUACUCACAGAAGACUCUGGUGGAGUUGAGAGUUUUGCUCGAGGAGUUCAGCACUCAAGAUGAUGAGAGGAUAGUGAUGGUAACACAGAAAGUUCCGAACACCUCCAGCUCCUCCCUCAACACCUCAAUGGUUGAGCUGGUCACAAGGUCACUCCUGCCGCAAGCCCAUCACCUCCUGUCUACACAGGAAGUGGCAAUUGCCGUGGAAACGCUCCUGGAUACACCAAUGGGAGAUGCAUGGCCGAGCUGGACAUUAGGAGAGGAGUUGGCGUGGCGGCUGCAGAGAGUGCUCAUGGUCCUGAUGAUGACGCUUCCUGGAUCACCUGUUGUGAAAUACGGAGAAGAGAUCAACCCCACUCAGAAUGUUUCUCUGGGCUUGGUGCAGGGUCAACACGCGGACGUACAGAUGGAUGAGGGGAAGCGUCGUCGUUCGGAGGUGUCUCUCUUCACCUCCCUCAGCCACUACAGAGGACGAGAAGAGGCCCUGCUCUUCGGGAGCCUCUCCUUCCUCUCCUUCAACAGCACCUCCCUCUCCUCCUCGUCCAGCAACUCAUCCUCCUUCCCCUCCUCCUUCUCUCCUCCCAUCCUGGCGUUUCUGCGUUCCUGGGGUUGUGUCCAUGUCCUGGUGGUGGUGAACUUGGGAUCAGAAACCCACGCUCUGGACCCCGCUUGGGCCCCUAGCUUGCCCAGCGCCGGAGUGUUCAUGACCAGCACAGGGAUGAACCGUUUAGGAGCCAUCUCCCUGGACGCCCUGAAGCUCGGACCACAGGAAGGCAUCGUCAUUAAGCUAUUCCAGACAGGAAGUUACAGCCCUUAGUCCUCGCUGGGGGGGGGGGGGGGGGGGGUGACUUUGU